AUGAGACAGCAUUGUGGUCUCACACUUGUGUUUAUUAUACGCAACAACAUCAGUUUCUUCCAAGAUGUUGGAGAAGUUGCUAGUGUUCGACUUAUUGUAGACCGCUGGGGUAUAUCUCCGGGCUGUUGCUGUGUUGAGUUUGCUACUUGUACCGAAUCAAAGAAGGCUCUGCAAAUUAACAAGCAUGUUAAGGGGAUUUUUGUCAAGAUGCCUGAGAUAGUUCCAUACCCUUUCCUACCCAAGUACAACCUUGACGACCUUGUAGAGAAGCUUUGGUACGAAGACGAGCUUAGACGAGAAGGCUUUGGUUUGCCGACCAAACCAAAGCUGGAGAAAGAGCAGGAAGUCUCCUCUGAUACCAUGUGCGGUUUACACAAAGAUGAAACUUUGUAA